CUCUAAGAGGCAUUGGGUGACAUGCUCCGGAGGGGAUAGCGUGCACUGUGCGCGACGCGCUGAGUCACUUGUCAACUGGCUGCACUGCAUUCAAUGUGUCAGCCCAACAGAACCAGCAGUUCAUUCGAGAAAAGUGUGUUUGCUUCACUUCAUUUUUUGACAAGUUGCAUUGACUUUUGCACAGACAUGAGGCUUGCAUACAUGUGUGCAUGUGUUACUUAAGCAUAUUUGUCCACAUCUGGAAUUGUUUGGAGUUUUGUCCACUCUGACCACACCUACACCUUGUCCGUCUCUUUUGGGCCCAGAGCUUUGGCUUUUGCAGGGCAGCGCAUGGUUGCCGCAACAAGCCGUUUUCCACAGAGAUUAGUGUCGCCGGCCACACUUGGCGGAGAGGUGGAGGCCAUGAUCGCCGGGCAGUCAGCGCCCUUGAAGGGCAGAACGGUGCAGGCGACUCCUGGCACUCAUGCAGUGACACCACCAAUGCAACGGCCCAGUCCAAGCCAGAGCCAGGGCCUCACCAGAAGGCUUGCGCCACUAUUUGGCUUCGUGGGCGGCGUUGUUUCGGCCACGAGUCGAAGGGCGGCAUCCACUUCCACCACGACGGUUCCUUCAGAAAAAGUCAAGAACUUGGUCAAGGCCCACACAGCUAAAAGAUGUACUAGAGGAUGUGUUCAUUUCCACCAAAAGGUUGGCAAGGAACAUGAUGUUAUCAUGUUCUCGAAGACGACCUGCCCAUUCUGCAGUCAGGCUAAAGAAGUCUUGAAGUCCACAGGGAGCAAAUUCGUUGUUGUUGAGUUGGACGAACUUCCGGCAGAGGAAGGCGCUGCCAUGCAGGAUACCUUUGCAGAACUGACGGGUGCUCGCACGGUGCCUCGAAUCUUCGUCAAGGGCCAAUGCCUGGGUGGUUGUGACGAUCUGAUGGCAAUUGAAGAAAGCGGACAGCUACAAAAGGUUCUCGAGGGGAAGUCCUUUCAGAUCAAUGUCUCAGAGGAUCAGUGGCGCCAGAAGCUGGACCCAAGACGUUAUCGGGUACUCCGACAGCAGGGGACAGAGCCACCCGGCUCUCACGAGUAUGAUCGGUUCAUGCCAACAAAGGGAUACUUUGCCUGCGGAGCGUGCGGUUUGCCGCUCUACUCCGCCAAAUCCAAGUUCCGAAGCAACUGCGGUUGGCCAGUUUUCAAGACCUGCUACUACUCCGAGGAUGCCGGCGGCUGCCACGUGGGCACCGUCUCAGAGUUUGGUGGUUUGGAAAUCGUUUGCAACAGAUGUGCUUCCCACCUUGGCCAUGUAUUCUUCGAUUCUUUCAAGCCAGACAAUCCAAACGGCGAGCGACACUGAGCCAACGGGCUCUCCCUGACAUAUGUCGAGGGAGAGCCUGAAAUGAAGCUGAAAGAGGACAAGGUGGACUUGAGCAAGCCAGGAGCCUCCAAGGGUGGCAGCUGCAGUACGAUGUAAGGUUGCCGGAGGCGUGCUGCUUUGGCCUUCUUAAGGAGACGCCACGCGAAUUCCAUGCUCUGUGAACCUGGAUGCCUGCCCUUGGCUUAGGCCAUUGGCGGCUUCGGCAGGUGAGAAGCAUGUAGUGAACAAAGUCUUUGGCUGGAGGCAAAAGCAGCUGAAACGAGUUGUGCUUGCACAAUCAGUCGCAUCGUGGUCCCUCUCAUGCAGAUCGC